AUGGCGGAGCAUGGCGCCCCGGCGCCCGCCAUCCCUAACGGCGAGUGCGCCGCCCGCCUCCCCGGCAACAAGGUGACUGUCGUGCUGGGGGCCCAGUGGGGCGACGAGGGCAAAGGCAAAGUGGUGGAUCUUUUGGCGCAGGACGCUGACAUCGUCUGCAGGUGCCAGGGAGGCAAUAAUGCGGGGCAUACAGUUGUUGUGGAUUCUGUGGAGUAUGACUUUCAUCUUCUGCCAAGUGGGAUCAUCAAUCCAAAAGUCACUGCAUUCAUUGGAAACGGCGUUGUAAUUCAUUUGCCAGGACUCUUUGAAGAAACUGAAAAAAACUUAAAGAAAGGAACAGGUCUGGAAGGCUGGGAAAAAAGACUAAUUAUUUCUGACAGGGCUCAUAUUGUAUUUGAUUUCCACCAAGCUGCUGAUGGCAUCCAAGAACAACAGAGGCAAGAACAAGCAGGAAAGAAUUUGGGAACUACGAAAAAAGGAAUUGGUCCAGUAUAUUCUUCAAAAGCAGCUCGAAGUGGACUCAGAAUGUGUGAUCUUGUUUCUGAUUUUGAUGAAUUUUCUGAGAGGUUCAAAGUGCUAGCCAAUCAGUACAAAGCGAUAUAUCCUACCUUAGAGAUAGAUAUUGAAGGGGAAUUGAAAAAGCUUAAGGGCUACAUGGAAAAAAUAAAACCAAUGGUAAAGGAUGGUGUUUAUUUCAUGUAUGAGGCUUUACAUGGACCACCAAAGAAGAUCUUAGUAGAAGGUGCAAAUGCAGCUCUACUGGACAUAGAUUUUGGCACAUAUCCUUUUGUGACUUCUUCAAACUGCACAGUUGGAGGUGUGUGUACAGGUCUGGGCAUGCCACCGCAGAACGUUGGGGAAGUGUACGGAGUUGUGAAAGCAUAUACAACAAGAGUUGGAAUUGGUGCCUUUCCUACAGAACAAAAUAAUGAAAUUGGAGAAUUGCUGCAAAUGCGAGGUAAAGAGUUCGGUGUUACCACUGGUAGAAAGAGAAGAUGUGGCUGGUUGGACCUUGUAUCACUUCGAUAUGCCUACAUGAUUAAUGGAUUUACUGCAUUGGCACUUACCAAAUUGGAUAUCUUGGAUGUAUUUCCAGAAAUCAAAGUUGGCGUUGCAUACAAACUAGAUGGUGAAAUCAUACCUCAUUUUCCUGCCAACCAUGAAGUCUUAAAUAAAGUAGAGGUUCAGUAUGAGACACUCCCAGGAUGGGAUACAGACAUAUCAAAUGCAAGGACGUUUGACGAGCUGCCUGUAAACGCACAAAAUUACGUUCGCUUUAUAGAAAUGGAAUUGGGUGUUCCUGUUAAAUGGAUUGGAGUAGGGAAAUCCAGGGAGUCAAUGAUCCAGCUGUUUUAAAGAUUUCAGAUGCAUGGAAGAAAGCACACUCCUCCAAAGACUGCUCAUUCUUAAAUGCAUUAGUAGCCCGCAAAGCAAAGAUGUUGGAGAGAUUUUUGCAUGGAAAGAAAUGCUAGAAUCAAUACCCCCAGAUCACCUGCUAUUCCUGAAAGAAACUUUAACAUGAACUUGUAUCAGUCCUUGUUCAGCUGCAAUUUCCAGGACACUUCUCAUUGGUGUUCAAGGUGCCAUCUAGAUUUUUUUUUCUUUACCUACUAUUUACUACAUAAGGUAAUUCCUGUUUGAAAAUCUAAGGUAGCAUUACUUUCAUGACUGUUUGUCUUUGUUAUCCUCUCUCUGCUUUUGGCGGUGUUACUUCCCUGAAAUUUUAGACAGUAAAAAUAAUGCAGUUUUGCACAGAUAGUUUUACAUCCUCAUUAUUUGUAUUCCUAAAGCUGUUGUAUUCGUAAUGACUGCUCUUGUGAGUGAUUAAUGAGAGGAAUUCUGAUUUUUAUAAUGCUAUAAAUGCUGUCUAAAUUAUUGUGUGAUCUGUUUUUAAGAAAGGAUGUGAUGCCAGGCUGUUAAGAAUGUCAAGGUUUUUUUAGCUGUAUAACACAGAAAACUUCCUCUUUGUAACUCACAGAGGACACUCAAGUGUUUACCAGGGAGUGUGCCCAGGAGGUUAGAAAGUUGAUAUUGUAAAAAGUUCAUUUGCUAU